AUGGAGGAACCUAAAAGUGUGAUCUUCUGUAUGAAGCCUAUUUCCGCAGCUGGUUCUGAUGGUAUGAAUGGUUACUUUUUUCAAAUGUAUUGGCACAUUAUCAAGGAUGACUUAAUGGGAGUUGUUAAGGUCUUCAUUAGUGGUAAAAUAAUUCCUAAGUAUUUCUCCCAUUCUUGUAUUAUCCUACUUCCUAAAGUUAGUAAUCAAAACAAGCUUACUGAGUUUAGGCCUAUAAGUCAGAGCAACUUCACUUGCAAGAUUAUAUCUAAGCUAGUGAAUACUACAGUUACACCUAUUCUCCCUUCCUUGAUUUCUUCCAGUAGAUCAGGGUUUGUUAAUGGUAGAAGUAUUUUAGAGAACCUAACUCUUGGUCAGGAAAUCAUCCAACGUAUUAAGAAACCUAAUAUUGGGAGUAAUUUUAUCAUAAAGCUAGGCAUGGCAAAGGCUUUUGACAGGGUUUCUUGGUCAUACAUGUGCUUGGUUCUAAGGAAAAUGAGGUUUGCUGAAAUAUUCAUAGAUAUGGUUUUGAGAAUCAUGGCCAACAAUUGGUAUUCAAUCAUUGUCAAUGCUAAGAGGUAUGGCUUCUUUAAUUCCACAAGAGGUCUCGAACAAUGUGAACCCUUAUCCCCUGCCCUAUUUAUUUUAGUUGCAGAAGUGUUAUCUAGGUCUCUUAAUAGGUUACAUUCUCAUCCGGACUAUCAUGGCUUCUUUAUGGAGAAGAGGGGACCUCAAGAUUACACGAUGACAAACAAAAUAACUCAGUUAUGGAGGCAAAGCCGUACUUACAAAGCAUGUGUUACCGGCAAUACCCAUACACUUACUAUUUCUUCUAGGGAUGGAGGAAUGCGAGAAAGAGAUAUCACUGGGCAUCAUGGAAUAAUCUCAGCUUUCCUUAUGAUGAAGGGGAAGUAG